CUCCUGAUGAGUGUAAGGAUCAGCACCAUCGGUCAGCAUCAAAUCUUCCUUCUGGCCGGAAAUGCAUCCUUAGCAAUGACUGGAGUGAAUCACUGUACACUACUUUUCUUUAGUUUUUGCAUCUGAAGUUAUGAGUGUAGAGCUAUAAAGAUAGACCCAUAUAAGUCAAAGAAACUUAUAACCAAGGAAGAUAAAGUCAUUGCAGGACACAGAUGGAAUAAGCAGGAUAGAGUUGGAGCGUAACAUUAAAUUUAUGAUAAAGGUCGUCAAGUAGCCUCGACAUAAAAAUGCAUCUCUGGAUUGAAAGUAUUAGUGACAAGGAUCGGGAGGAAACAUGAUGAAUCCAGGGGCAUAUUUUUCUUUUCUUUUUUUUUCAUGUUGGCAGUUAUUAACGUUUUUGACUUCAUCCUGUAUUCAUGUUCUAGUCGACGGAAACAAAUUGAAUCACUGUUCAUGGAAUUACCACAGCUGCGGGCUGUGCCUAAUGACGACAGUCGUUUCCAACUGACACUCCAGCUGGCUAACAAUUCAGAGUCAUCUCUUACAACUUCAUCGUCUUUACCACAUAUCUCCCGCAAUUCUUCGUCACCCGCAAGCAACAAUAAAAGUUUAUCUCAAAGUAACCAAUUUCCUCCAGAAGCGUCCUUGGCAAUCUCAGGAAUAGGAGGUGGUCAGGGCAAUUCAACGGCAACAAUGACCAUUUACUUACCGCCUGCAUUUCCGGAGGAGGAGCCUAAAAUUACAAUCCAGCCUACAGUUAGACACUUUUGGGUAGAUAGCACAGUAGCGCCUUGUGCUGUUACUGGACAUGAGAGACUGGUUCCUGGUGGUUGGUCAACACAUGCAAAUCUAGGCAGGAUUGUCAAGGAGAUUGUUGCCAGUAUUCAAAAAACGGGAGUUCUUGUUGUUAGCGAAUAUGGCGAUAAUAACGCUGUUACUCCUAUGGGCACUAUCUUGAGCAGUGCAGGCAACCACUACAAUUGUAACAAUGCAAGCGGAAAUAGCAAUAUAGGGUACGAUGAAUAUUCGUUCAAACCUCCACCACCAAUCCCAGGACCUCGAACCAAGAGCCUUGGGCAGACUAUGUCAUCCUUUAUUAAUACCAACGGCUCUCUUCACCAGCCGUCAGCAACAGGACCAGGCUCAAAUGCCACAUUUUCCAGAUCUAUCUCAACAGCAUCCACUGGGAAUUUAUCAAAUCAUCACCAUCCCCAAAACCAUCCUACUUCAUCAUCAUCAUCAUCAUCUGCCGUAUAUGGCUCUACAGAGUCGCCGGAAGCACGUAUUGUUAUGAAAUUGACCUCAGAGCAGAUUGAGGAAUAUCUGGAAAGUCCAAUAGCAUUUGAAAAUUUCUUUAACCAGAUAGAUACAGUGGUGAAUAAUCGAACACUUAGGCGGGAAUUAUGGCAUGGCAACGAUAAUGUAGCACGUCGUAAUCUGACUCUAGAAUCAGAAAUGUUGGAAUUACAAAAAAGUACAAAAGAAGGCUAUUCAGUGGCCUUGCAGCUGCAGAAGUCUCUGGAAGAAAAACUUCAACAACAGCAGGAUGCACUCUGGCGGUUUAAACCAGAGACCCUGCAGUCCAAGUUACGAUCAGCAGCUGCUGAGUCGGAUGAGUUGUCAGAAUCUGUUGCUCAAUCAUUUCUUGAAGGCAAACUGGGCCAAGAGGAUUUCAUUCGGCAAUACCGUGAACUUCGGAAGGUAUAUCACUUGCGUGAAAUGAAGAAUGAACGGAUCGGUCCUAUUUUGCGGAGCAGCAAUAGUAGUAAUGGAGGCAUAGGCGGGUCUGGACCUGGAUCCGCAGGCCAAGACUCUGCAGGAUCAAUAGCAAGGUCUGGAAUAGGAAAUGCAGCCGUAGGGGGUGUCGCAGGCACAGGUAGCGCUGGUGGGACAAGUGGAGCAUCUAGUAGUGACCCAUGGGUUAUGUUGUAAAAAUAAAAUUAAUUAUCGUAGAGAAUAUGCGAGAG